GUCACAGGUCAAUGGACUGUCUGGGCUGAGAGGGACAAGAGGGUGGCUAUAUUUCAGGCACUCAGAACUUCAGAGAGAGUUGGACACAAAGACUUAAAGGAUGGAGAAAACAGCGAUUCUGUUUUCUGUGCUGCUCCUGGGGUGGACCUGGACCCUCCAGAGGGUCUCUGCUGAUGACGAUCAGGUGAAGACCACUGAGAGUACUUUGGUGCCUGCAGACGCUGAGGGUGCUACUGUUAAUACAGCUGUGCACGAUGCAACUGAACACAGUACAACUCUACACAGUGCAAAAUAUGCAGCUCUAAUCAGGGCUCCGUUCAAUGCAACAGAGGUCUGUAACAAAGCACCUCAAAGAGGUACCAGUAUGUGUUUGGCAUACAUUGAGCGUUACUUCUACAACUCCACCUCAAUGCGCUGUGAGACAUUCAUCUAUGGAGGGUGUGGGGGCAACCGGAACAACUUUAAAAACAAGAUAGAGUGUAUGCAGAGAUGUCACCCUAAAGAGGUCUGUAACGCACCACCUGAAACAGGCCCAUGUAAGGCACACUUUGAGAAUUACUUCUACAACUCCAUCUCAAAGAGCUGUGAGAAAUUCGUCUAUGGAGGGUGUUUGGGCAACCACAACAACUUUAAAGAUGAAAGAGAGUGUAUGCAGAGAUGUCACCCUGAAGAAGAAGAGCACCCAACAGCGGCGUGAUCAGACUGUUGAAGUUCUGUUUUUGGAGGAUGAGGAGAAGCUGUUUCCUGAAGACAAAGUGAGGAGAUGAAGAAGCAUCAACGCUUAUCUGGUUAUACAAAAACAUGAACCAUAGGGAGCAUAUUAUGCAGAUUACCAAUAAAGCAUUCGUUACUA